GACUUCGCGCGCGUUGUGGGGAUCAACUGAAAAACUUAAACUAAGAAGCAACCUGUCAUGUCCUCUUUUUGUGCCAGAUUUGACAGCACAUCAAUUUAAAGAGGCUAAAACCUUUUCUCACAAGGAUGGCACCUGCUCAGAACAUGCAGUUGGAGCACAUAAUCAGUGAGGCGGUAAAGUCCGGAGAUGUCCGAGCACUGGAUGUGUUCUUGCAGAGGGAGAUUUAUGAAGAGACUCCCAUGAAAUGCUCUCAACAGUUUCUUAGCAAAUUGGAUAAACUUAUCUGCAGGGGUUUGGUUCAAAAAGACCCCAAAUUGGCCAGUCUGGGAUUCGCCAGUCUUUACAAGUGUGGAAAACACCUAAUACUACCUGGUGGUGGCCAAGGACUUUCGGGGUUAAUAGCACAGGGUCUAAUAAAAAAGAUGGUGGAGUGGUUUGAAAAAUGCAGACAACUGUGGAUUCAGUGUGGGCUGCAGUGGGAUGAGAACUUAUUAAACCUCUCUGAAGACUUUUUAAAUGCUUUAAUGGUGGUUCAUCUGGCAUGCGAAGAGGGGACAUACAAAAUCACUGAGUCCUUUCUGUAUCCUACUGGCCAGUUGGCUGUUGACCCUAGAAUCCACGUCCUGAUCCAGAAAGAGGCAAUUCGGAAAUUCAACUUAAUUCUGGAUAAAAUCCCAGUGGAACUUAAAAAAGACACGGAGAUCCUAAUGUCACAAGAGGCCUCUGAUAUCAUGAUCAAACUGGCUGAUCAUAUAAUGGAUGUUGGUGACUAUGACUUUCAGUCCUCCUUGAUGGAGGCAUUGUGCAGAAUGGCCACAACUGACCAGAGGAAGGAACUUGCAUAUAAAUGGUUCAGAAUGAGCCUUGUGGCCAGUGCAUUUGCCAAAAUACGUGAUUCUGAAUUUGAGACGGCUUGUCGUACGUUUCUAAACAUGGUGAAUGGGAUGCAGGGAGACAAGAGAAGGGUGUAUUCCUACCCUUGUUUGGAAGCUUAUCUGGACAGCAGUGAGCUGUUGAUGCCUUCGGAUGAGAAACUUGAGGAAUUUUGGAUUGACUUCAACCUCGGCAGCCACAGCAUCUCUUUUUACUUCUCCUUGGCUGAUGAAGAGGAUAGCCACUGGGAAACUAUAUGUCUCAAUGAGCAUGAAGUCCAAAGCUACACUGUAAAAGAGGAGGGUAAGAGGCAGGUCUUGCAGAUCAAGCUGUCAGAGGUGGUCAUUGUUGGUGCAGCUGAAGGAUCCACUCUUACGAUCCAUUUCAGCUCCUCACUGGACAUCCUGCAGGCUGUGCAAAAUGUCUAUGGACACAGCAAAAAUAAAGGCUCAUCUGUUGUGAAAGCUACAGCUAGAUCUUUAAUGGAGAACAACACUCAGGUUGUUCCAGAGAGCCAGGUGUCUCUUGGUGAAAGUGAAAAAAGUACUGUCAACUACGCUUUACCUGCUACAGCUGCACCAGCACAGGUGGUCACCCCAGCCAAGAUGAAGAUUUCUGAGGCCACCGCCUUUUUUAGCAGCGGCGGAGCUGCAAGUGUGCAUCGUUCCUUCUCUCUUGCAUCAAACACUCCAGCCAAUGGCAUUGGAACAGAAAAGUCAUCUCUUGAAGUGAGCACAACCUCUAAACCGGCCAUCAAGAAUAAAGGUGACAAAUACAAAAAGAGCAUACCACUGAAAGAUGCUGUGAACAUGGUUCUGGCUGAACAAGGAGGAGAAAAAUCCAGAGAGGAGAAUUUUGUGCCUGACACCCAACCCCAAACUGGGAGUAACAUGGCUUCUAAUUGGCACAAAUUUUCAGUUUCAAAAAUGCUGAUGAUGCCAACACAGAAAAUGAGUUCCCUGCCAAGAUCUGAACCUUGUUCAGCUAUGUUGGGUCCUCAGGAGCGCUCCUUAUCAUCGAAGUGGUCAGUUUCAGCCUCGAGCUCAGUCUGCCAAAAGCAACUGCAUAGCCAGCUCAGUGAGCGACUGCAGCAGGUCCUUAAGGAGAGGAACCAAGAGUCUCCACCUUCUGAAGCAUCUGAUAUCAGAAGGGACUCGAAUGAAACAAAUGCAGAAGACCAGUAUGUUUCCUCAUUAUGUACUUCCAAGCCGCAACAUGCCCAGAGCAAUGGUCGUGCAAAAAGGAAGAGCAAGGGCCAGACGUCACUGGAGACUAGUGCUGUUCCAAUGAAACCAUCAGUGAAGACCUCCACAACUAAAACUCUAAAGGAGAAAAAAACACUCAAAUCUGAAACUGAAAGUAAGAGGGCUCAAUUAGACAAAGAAAAGAGAGACUCAGAGGCUGCAGGCAGCAUGGUGAAGCUCAUCUCUAGCCGCUAUAAGGAUAAUGGCCAAUCUAAAGAAAAACACACUUCUGAAAAGCUCACUCAGAACUGGUUUCCUUCUCUUGUCAACAGUAGACCAAUCUUCAAUAUGAGCUGGUCAUCAACUGGAAAAAGAGAAACAUCCAGAAACCCAAUUACAUCCUACAGCAGAACCAAAACAAACUGUGUGAGGCGGAGACAUGACGUUUUUGCAUUCAGGACCAAUACACCCCUCAGUUCUGAGAAGGAGAACAUAAACACCUGUGGCAUACAGAGCAAUGGCAUCCACUCCCCAGUACUCCUCAGCACAACCAAGAAAGAGCAGCCUGUGGCGAAAAAGAAGGGGCAUGUAAAAAAGCACCUGUUUAGUGACACAGACACAGAAAAUGCCACAACAGAGGUCAGCUGGCUGAGAGAGUCAGCCACAAAGUCCAAGCCCAAGGUUAUCAAAUACUCCAGGCAGGCACCCAUCAAACCUAGACCUGCUUCUGUUGAAUCUCCAGAUUUAGUCCCAAUCUUUCCAAGAGCUGGACUGGGUAAUAACAAACCAACUCAGAAAAACGGCCGCAUGAAAAGGGACCUUGGUCAGCCAAAGGAGAGAGUAAAGCUAGCAGCAGCACCUAGCAGACAACAUGCAGCUACUAAGAGGCCCAAGAGAGUUGCAGCCGCCUCUACCAGAAACUACAAAGAGCCAGAUACUGAUGACAGUCAGCCAGAAGAACCUGAAGAUCCUCCUGCUACCAAGAAAUAUUUUAUAGACCAGCAGAGGAAGCAUGAGAAAACCUCUGAGCAAGCAGCUGCUACCUACAGGAGAAAACGCAACAACAACCAGUCAGAUUUUAAAAAACCUUUUGUACUUAAGCAGAGGCCUGAAAAUGUUCCUCAAGAAACUUCAAAAUUGAAAAAGACAAAUGCCCAAGAACAGAUGAGUUCAUUGAAGGAUUCCUGGGUUACUUGCCAGACCUCUUUCUGUCCAUCCCCUCCUCUCAUGGAAAAGAUGAGAUCUGCUGAUAGGUCAGUCCCAACCUUGGAUUUGACCUGCUCCCCUCUUCUCACCCCGCGGGGAUCCCCGCUGCCUGCCUCCCCUAAGCCUUCUUUCCAAGACACCCCCUCGCCAGUCCUGCUGCUACCCAAACCUAAAGUCAGAAGUAAAGAAAUGUGCAAGUCUUCUUUCUACACUGCAGAAAAGAAUCAUGGCUCAUCCAAGACUCAUUCUAAGCAGUCUGUCCCUUCUCUCACUUCACUUGGAGGACAAAUCCCUGCACCUCCGACUGAACUUAGUGCAGCAAAGAUUAGUACAAUCGAACAGCAUCUUUCUUCAGCACCUCAUUCUCCUUUGUCCACUCGACCCCUGCUGACAUCCACACUCCUUGAGCUGGACAAACCACCCUUGCCUUCUCCUGCUCAGUCACCAUUUCCAAAUGACACAAUUAGCCAUGGCCACCGCUGUAGUUUGAGUAAAGUGUCUUCAGUAUCCCAGAUUUCACUAAGCUCAUCAUCUAUUAACUCAUCAGUACUCACCAGCAAAGUUAAGGACGGUCCCACUGUUGCCCUGGCUCUAUCUGUUAAAGCAGAGAUGACGCCACUGUCAGACCAAGACUCAAAACUCGCACAGUCUCAUGUUUCAGGGCCCAGCCGCAAGCGCCACAUUUCCUUGUCUAGUCAUUCAGAGGACGAGGAGACAGAAGAGAGUAUGAGAAGCAAGAUGAGAGGGAAUCACUCUCCUCAUUUGAAGCCACGGAAAUUAUUCAAGUCGUUUGAGGUGCCUGCUGUGGAUGAGUUGAGCCAGGUGAAGUCUUCCUCUGGUCAUUGGGAGGGUGAAGUAACAGAUGGAGACGUGGACAUUGAUGAAGGUUUAGAUUCACCACAAAUUGCUGUAAACCCAAGAAACAUGUGUCAGCAGUUGAGCUCGGAGCUCAAGAAGAAGUUCCAGAAACGUUACAGCAUGAUGGAGCUUUACAACAAGCAGUCUUUGAAGACCGUCCAGCAACACGUCUCUUCCAUUAAUAUGCAAAUUACCAAAUGCAGGACUCAGAGGCUUAAACACAUUCAGAAGGUCCUCCUGGAGGAGAUACACAAAUUGGAGCAGGAUGACACUGUGCUGAAAACCAUGGAUAAAGACCUCACUAUGUACUGGAAAAAACAGAUGACGGCUUUCCAUUCUUACCAGAAGCAGGAAAUCACGAGAAAUGAGCUCCUGAAGAGAGCGCUUCAGAGUAACACGUGCAACAGCUUGGAGUAUGAGGAGAGAAUAUUCACAUCUGAGAUGUGCACGAUCAGAAAAGACAUGAAGUCAGUUCAGGACAAAUUCCUCAGUGAGAUGCUGGAGGGAGAGCUCCAGAGUGUCAAGAAAGGACUGCAUGCUUUGUUCUUCCCCUGAUGAGGGAGCCGGGUUUGAGUUCAACACUGUCCCGGAACGCAAUAAAGCAGGUUGUGUGUUUCGUGCUGUCCUAGGCAGUUCUGCUGUGCUCAAAGUAUUUUCAUGCAGUGUUUGUUUUUCUGGAUUCUGCUUUGAUUCCAUGCAGAUGUCUUUGGUUUAUUCUAAUGGUGCGUUGUUCCAGUGUUUGGGAUUUUAUUGGAAAUGUUGUGUUCUGGUGUUAUUUUAUGGCUUUUAUAAAUUGAAUAAGUUUUGGUGUUAUUGUAAGCUUUCCCAUGCUAUUCAUUGACUUGACUCUAUUUUUAACCCUAAUUCUUGAUUUAUUCAUUGAAGCUUGUUAAGUACUAGAAAUGGUCAACUAAACUUUCAAGAUCUUAAUUGUAUUGAUUGUUUUUUAAUAACUCAUCUACCAUAUUGUUAAAUGAAAAUAAAGUUGUUUUAAAAAUAAA